AAGACCGACCGGAAGCUGUGCAGUUACUGCUGGCAACUGCUGCGGAACUCCAGGCUGAACUAGCUAAAAGCUAACUGUGCCGCACUCUUCGCUGUGAACGAGUGGCUCCGCUGUUGAAACUACAUCGUCUGUUUAAAAGUGUCGACGUUUGCCUUGUCGACGAAGAGUCGGUCUUUCCAAGAGAUUAAUUACCUCGGACGAUUUGUCUCUCUCGCUGUGGGUGACACUGGCUCGGAGCCAGUCCUCCGUAGAUGAAGAUGUCCCUGGCCCAGCGAGUGCUCCUUUCCUGGAUCUUCGCCCUGAUCUUCCUCAUCAUGCUGGUCCUGAAGCUGGACUCCAAGAUCCAGUGGAGCUGGUUUCUCAUCUUCCUCCCCGUCUGGACCUUUGACACCAUCCUCAUCCUCAUGCUGAUAGUGAAGAUGGCGGGGCGCUGCAAGCCAGACUUUGACCCCAGGGAUGGAGAGCAGAGCCUGAAGAGGAGGCUGUGGUACCUGACGGCUCUGCUGCUGAAGCUGGCCUUCUGUCUGACACUGUGCUCCCGCCUGGAGAGGCUGGUCGACAUGUGGGUCAGUGUGGUGUGUGUCCCCCUGUGGGUGCUGCUGGGUGGGGCGCUGGUGGAGCUGGGACACAGUGUUUUCCACUACAGGAGGGACUGAAUCCGAGGGACUCUUGGUUUUGAAAUGUAAAAUAUGGGACACAAAAGCAUUUCACACUUGAGAUGCACCAAUCUGAUCCACUGGACUGGUAUCAGGGCUGAUGCUGACUUGAAUAAGAGGAUCGGGUAUCGGUCAGACACGUCCACCCCACUUAAGUUUUCUUGUGAGUGUUAUUAUAAAAUUCACUGUUUAUGCUGUCAGUUACAUUUAAGUCACAGCAGGUUGCAGACUGGGGUUUACACAGUGUGGUUUACAGGUUUUAAAAAAGGACAGAGAGCAGUAGUAUCGGAUCAGGAAGCGGGCCAGUGACUGGAAGGAAAAGUCAGACCAGUGCAUCCUUUUCUUGUGCCAUAUUAAGACCUUAUUGUGAUUCAAAAGGAAAACUUAAAGUUCAUGAAUCCACACAAUAAGGCAUUUUAAGAAUAAGUAGAGUCGUCACAUAUUUUAGGCAUUCACAUCACUGCCUUUCGGCUUAUCUUACGGCUGCAGGAACUGCUGAAAUUUUGAAUGGGUGUCGAGGGAAAUCAGCCUUUUAAUUUAUAUGUAAGCUAGAAUUACACUACAAGGUGAGACUUGGUUUAAGAAAUGGAGCUAAGCGGUCGAGGUGCAUGUUAUGUGCCAUUGUGAUCCAAAAUACAUUAUUCUCCACACUAAAUGUGAUGGAGCACACAACUGUCAAUGCAAACACAAUAAUAUGCUGAUGUAACACUGACACUAGCUGUGUGCUACUGAGCCAUAUCAUACCUGUCUGUAAAAUCACUGUUGAAACGUAUAUAUCUCUUCAAACGUUUCUUUAGAAAGCUCACAGCUUCCAUAUGUGGUGGUACACACAAUAUGUUGUCAGUAGUACACAUCCCAGGAUGUCUUUCUGCCACUGACACAGUCUGAAUGUAAAUCCUGAACUUCCUCUAACUGUAUGGAUUUGAGAUGUGUGUGCAAAAGAUGUUUUUUUUUUUUUUCCCCCGGAGACUUUACAAAUGUUACGUACUGUAAGUGAACAACGUUUAUGCUGGCUCAGCUCAUCACUGACAGACUCAACCUUCAACAGUCGAAGCUGUAUCACCCCGAUUCCAAAAACAUUUUGGAUGUCUAAACGAUAAAUAAAGGAUGUGAUCAUAGCAGAAUCCUGUUUUUCAACAUGUACUCACUUACUCUGAAUUGAGUAAUUUCCAAUUUUGUUAAACACAGAAACGCACAUUUAUAAGGAUUUUGCUACAUGGCGUCUGGAACUAUUCGUACACAAAUUGUUGGCAAACUGUUUCAUGUUUUAUUUACAUUUUGCACAGCGUCCAAACUUUUUUGGAAUCAGGGGUUUUACUCUGUCAGUCUUAAAUAUUGAUCAGCUGCAACUGCUUGCCAUCCUUUGUCUUUGCAACAAGAUGGCAGACUUUUGUCCACAUUAACAUAAAUAUGGCUGAAUUCCA